AUGAAGAAUAACAAAUACUGGGAAAAGAGACAAGAAAUAAGUCCAGAAGCAAAUAUUUGGAACUGUGAAUUUGUCAAGAGUAUAAGGGCUGCAAAUCUCAUAAAUAAAAUAUUAAAAGAAUCAUCUACCAUUUAUUAUAAAG